CUCUAUUUAGACACCAUAGUCUUUGAGGUCCCAUUGCCUCAACUCCAGAUUCCUUCCUGACCUCCCAUUGCCCCCAUUCGCAAUUCUUCUAUUUUCUUCUGUUCUACCAUCUUCAUCUUCAUCAUCAUCACCACCUUCAAAUCAAACAGAUUUAUCCAUCCAUAUAUAAAUAUAUAUAUGAUCUUCUUACAUUCCCAUAUAUUUACUAACUCCAACUACCCGUGUACAGAUACGACUCUUGUUUCUCUAGCUGCCUCUCGUUUCCGAUCCUUCAACUUCUCUUAGGUCAAUGCUCGAUUCAGUGCACCCAUGGCUGGAACUCCGAUUUAGGUGAUCCGUCGAACACGAAUUCAACCAGUUUGACUAUACGCUGAUUCCAGUUUUCCCUAUUGCCGUGCCCGAAGAUGCGGACGCUCUGUGAUUCGUGCGAGAGCGCCCCUGCUGUAUUGUUUUGUGCCGCCGACGAGGCCGCGCUUUGCCAAUCCUGCGAUGAUAAGGUACACAUGUGUAAUAAGUUAGCUAGUCGGCAUGUAAGAGUUGGUCUUGCAGAGCCAAGUGGUGUUCCUAAUUGCGACAUAUGUGAAAAUGCACCAGCUUUCUUUUAUUGUGAGAUAGACGGGAGUUCCCUAUGUUUGCAAUGUGAUACUGCAGUACAUGUAGGUGGUAAAAGAACUCAUGGAAGAUAUCUCGUGUUGCGACAGAGAAUCGAGUUUCCAGGUGACAGAAUGAGUCCGGCUGAGGAACUUGAGGAAAGUAAAAGGAAGCAGAACCAGUCGAUGAUGGAAGCAGAAGAUCAACACAAACAAGGGGCAUCUGGUGGCAAUGCUGAUGGGAAUCACAAAACUGAGAACAAUAUGAUUGAUUUGAAUAUGAAACCCAAUCGAUUACAUGAACAUGCUUCCAAUACUCAGGACAUCUGAAUACAUUAGUAAAUGUAUCUUCAAGGCGGCGAAGAAUGAAUCUUGACUGUGGUCAUGGCAAUGUCUUGGAUAAUGUUUGUGGAAAAUACUUUGAGUUUUGGUUUUAGAAGAUAGAACACUGUCUUAUAACACAUGGCUUUCUCCUCUCAUUGUAGUUUUACAUUUAAAACAAGCAUAUUAUAUAGUUUAUUAAACUUAUUUUAUUUUG